AUGUGGAGAAACCCCGUAGGAGCCACCAUGGCAGAAGUGGAAUCGCUGCCUGAGUCGCAUUUGGGAACCAAGGAGCACUGGGACCAAGUAUAUGAGUUUGGAGAGGACAGCGUUGAACGUAUGAUCCGUUUCUUAUUGGAAUGGAUUGAGGAGAACCAUGGCGAUAAGGCACCCUAUAUCCUGGACCUUGGUACAGGAAAUGGACAUCUUCUUUUUUCUUUAUUGGAAGCUCAGGAAGAGGAAUUGCCUGAAGGCAUCGUGGACCCAUCGAAACUGUGUGGAAUCGAUUAUUCGACUGCUUCGAUCGCCUUGUCUCGCUCAAUUGGUUCGAAACGCUUGAAUGGAUGUGAGCAGGUUGUCUUUGAAGUGGCAGAUCUGCGCGAUGCUCAGCAAGUCGACCAUCUGUCAAGCAAAGCGAACGAUGGGCUUGGUUGGGAUAUUGUUUGCGACAAGGGCACCCCUAUCGAUGGAAAGCUCCCCGUGGAGCACUACGUUGGUGCAGUUCGCGCCUUGACACGGCCUCUGACACCUGACACCCCUAGUGGAAUCUUUUUCAUUACUAGCUGCAACUUUACGCAGGAAGAGCUUAUUGCCACGUUCUGUCCUGCCGUGGCAGGGCCAAGUGCUGUGGAUUGGAAUACGGCACCAGAGGUGCGGCGGCGAUUGUGGGUGGACCUCAAGUAUCGCUCUGAUGACAGGCCUGUCUUAGAGCAAAUCAAUCUGGUGAGCAAGCCGUCGCGCCGCCUGUCUAUGACGAGUGAAGAACUUUUGCGCUGGGUGACGGGACGUCGCUCCAAGUUUGUUACGCCUCUGAAGGCAGGAGAAAUUGGUAUCAUUGACUGCGGUAAGCAUGGAUGGUUUGAAGCCAAGGAGGCCAUGCGAAGGAAGCUUGAGGGCGAAGUCGUUUGCCGAGUAUCAUAG